AGACUUUAUACCUACCCAUUCGACUUCAGGUACGGCGGUACAGACAUGAUAAUGAUCACAAUCACACCGAGUCGCGUCAGUUUUGGAAUUUGAUGGAUUUGGAUGAAAAAAAAGAAAAUCACCUGGACGUCUGCGAGCCUGAUGAAGCUUUGGAAGGGAAAUAGGUGGUGACCUUGCGCGUCUCUUGUACGACUGCCGAGUUGGUGCGACACGACAGACAAUGUUGACAUAUUUCCUCGCAACCAUCGUCGGGACGCUGCUCGUACCCGAUCUGGUCAAUGCCGACGACGUCGACGCUUUAUGGAUCGAACCAUCUCUGCAAUGGUACGGCAUCGACGGUAAUUGGUCUUCGAUCGGCCUCUUUGUGGGAGAGCCAGCACAGGAGAUCAACGUCACUAUAAGUACGAGUCUGUCCGAAAUAUGGGUUGUUGAAUCUGGCGGCUGCAGUCCUAAUGUUCGUUGCGCCGACGCGCGUGGUGGCAUUUAUAAUACCAGCGCAUCGCAAAGUUGGUCAGCGCUGGGCGCGUGGCAGCUCGGUUUGAAUUAUCUCGGGUUGGAAGGAAAUGGCGACUACGCGAUGGAGACGGUUGUUGUCUACGACAGUGUACGUCGUUGGCAGACAUCCUUUAAUAAGCAAGUUGUAGCUGGUAUCAACGACACCGGUUAUUAUACCGGAUUCUUUGGCCUGGGUAUUACGCCCGGCCGCUUCAACAACGUCGUUGCGCAGAGCCCCAUUGCGGCGUUAGUCGAACAGGAUGGUGCCAUCCCUAGUCAUAGCUAUGGCUAUACCGCUGGAGCAUACUAUGGAGGUUCGAGAGGAACUCCUUUAUCUCUAACAUUAGGUGGUUACGAUACCGAACGCUUCGAACCGCACGACACCAACUUUAACCUCAAUGCUACUACGAGACAGCCAGAGGUACUUCUGAGAGCUAUUACUGCGUCAGUUUCUAAUGCUAGUGAUGCUCCUACGUCCUGGUCAGCCCCGUCGGUAGCGUUGUCGUCAUUCAACGAAUCCGUGACAGCUCUGCUUGACAGCUCGACGCCUUACCUUUGGCUCCCAGGAACUAUAUGCGAUCGAUUCGCGGCUAACCUAAAUCUCACGUGGAAUGAAACAUUUGGGCUGUACCUCUUUCCGGAUAAUGAUAACCUCGAGCGAUAUCGCUCGUCCCCGGAUCUUUCGUUCACUUUCACGCUAUCAAGUGGGGACAAUCAUGACGACUUUGGGCACCCACUCGACGUCGCCGGAGUCGUGAAUAUCACAGUCUCUGCUAAUGCGUUUAUCCAGAGCCUUCGUUAUCCAUUUAUGAACCUUAUCGAAUUUGGUGAUGCGGCAGUACCUUAUUUUCCUCUCAGACGUACUGAGGAGAACGGCACUGUUAUUAUUGGGAGGAGCUUCUUUCAAGAAGCAUAUCUAAUCACGAAUUACGAAACAAGUAGCUUUUCUGUCCAUAAGGCCGUAUUUCCAGAGAACCCGCUUCGAGACACAUCGAUCAAAACUAUAGCAUAUUCGAGUAAUAGUCCGUAUCCUGGCCCACCUGCACGGUCUAAUAACGGAGGGGGUCUUUCGCAUUCCCAGAUCGUGGGUUUGGCAAUAGGGGUUUCUUUCCUAGGGAUAAUCGCAAUAGUGGCUUUAUUACUUAUAUGCCGAAGAAGGAGGAAGUCGAAGACUACAGAAAGUUCCGAGGAUGCUUUUAAGGAAAAGGCUUCCAUAACCGAUUCAUCGCCGCCUACUACACCCGUAGGCCGUAUUGUGUCCAAGAUAUCGAAGAAUUGCCCGAUUCGAAAAACCAGGAAGGGGAGUGUCCGCGAAGAGCGGGAGGAGCGCGAUGAACGCGAAGAUCACGACUCGGAUAAAGAGUUAAAGGUAUUUGAAUUUGCUGCGGACCAAAGCCAUGAGCGAUAUGAAUUGCCAGCACCGGGGCCGGUAGAGUUGGAUGCUACUAGGUCCAGGGAAACUACGGAUACCAGUGAUGGAGAAUCGCACAGAUCGAGUGACUAUGAGUUUGCAAAAUAUCAACUGGAACAACAAAGACAGGGCUUGGUUCCCGAAUAUACCCCUAGUACAGCAGAGUCGCCGGUCAAAACAUACAAUAUCAGCCCAACAUCACAAUAUGGGCCAUUAAACCGUAUUACCGAGUCUCCAUCACCCACAUCAAGCCCAACCUACGAUAAUUCAAGCAACAACAUGCCUUCGCCAUUAAGUUCCCAAAGCGAUUGGACAAGUAGGAUACCGGACAACUACUCCCCUCCUAUGGGUUUCGUUCCUUCUCAGACGCUCUCACAUUCAAACUCGAACCCAAACCUUACAUAUGCACCUUCAUCACCGUCAUCGCUGAGCAGCCCUGGAACGGCGUCAUUGGGUCGUUCUGCAUCAACAACUGGGUUCGGAAUGUCACUGCAACCUCCUACAGUUGGGCCACCUCCCGCCUCAUUCCAGCGAGCGCCCAUUGAUGCCUCCCGGGUGAUUUGCUUAGGACCUUUACCAGAUAAUGUUCGCUUGCCCAACCAAUGCCCUCAACAGCCCACGCAAGCUCCCCAGAUACCUCAGCUAUCGAUACCUGGAGUCCUCCACCUCGAUGGCGAGACGUUUUCUUACCCACCUAUGCCUCCUAUUCCAACCCACGAGGAGUGCUACCGUGCGUCCCGUCGCGUGUCCACGGCCGACACUCUGGGAAGCAAUUAUACCGUCGAGGAGGAGGCGCGUAUGGCGGCAGCACGGGAAGCGGUAAAUACCCUCGGCCGGAUAGACGGAGCCGAACUGAUUCACAUACCUCAGCCAGCGUCGAAGCGAUAUAGCUGGGAGGAACCAUAACCUUAAACCUAACGUACCAUUCUUUUGAUACCACUAAACCUGCACUCCAACAUAUGAUAUCCACGGGAGGCAUUGUCGUUUUCUUAAGACGUUUAUAAUUAUUCACAUCGACCUUGCUCGACGCACAUAUUUCUUUUCUUUCCUUGUUUUCCUUCACGGAAUUGUAUAUACGAACCAAAUCAACCAACCUACCUACCUACCUACCAAACAGCAGCCGAGUUCGGCGGAGCGGAACCUUUUGUGUGUUUACUUAAAAUUCCCCCCUAGCGGUAUACAUACCUCGACGACGAACAAGAGGCGUGAGCGAGCGCG